AUGAGCUACUAUGGCAGCUACUAUGGAGGCCGCGGCUAUGGCUUCGGAGGCUUCGGAGGCUUCGGAUACGGAGGAUAUGGCUCUGGCUUUGGAGGAUUCGGAGGAUAUGGCUCUGGAUAUGGGGGCUACAAAUAUGGCUGCUGCCGCCCGUCCUGCUGUGGAGGAUAUGGAUUCUCUGGUUCCUACUGA